GCCCGCCGGCCCCGCUCCGCUUCGACUUUCCCCGCGGCCCGGCCGCGCCGGGGCCGCUAUAAAUCCGGCGGCGGCGGCGGCGGCUGCCCGGGCUGUGCAGGGAGCGGAGCCGAGCGGGGAGCAGGGCCGCCCAGGCGCCGGAGGAGAUGAGCUCUCUACGGUGCCCCUCCCGGGGCACGAAGGACCGCGAGGUGGCGGCGACCCUGCGCUGCCGCUCCGGCACCGGGGCCGGGGAGCUGCCGGCCGCCGCGGGGGGCGCUCCGCCGCCCCCCGCCGCCCCUUUGGCCCUGCAGACGGCUCCCCACCUCCUGGCCAGCAUGCACCUCCAGAAGCUCAACAGCCAGCACCGCACCGCGGGGGGAGUCCGGCGCUCCCAGGAGCCCCGCUCGCCGCCCGGCUGGGGCUUGGGGACGCGGGGCGCGGGCAGCCGCUCCCCCCCGGCCGCCGGCCCCGGCAUCAUCGACUCGGACCCGGUGGACGAGGAGGUGCUCAGGGCGCUGGUGCUGGAGCUUGGCCUCGACAGGGCGGACGAGCUGCCGGAGCUCUGGCUCGGCCACCACGAGUUCGACUUCCCCGCGGACCUGCCGGCCGGCUGCUGAGGCUGGAGGGCGGCUGGGGCCGGGGCUUCCCGCGUCGCCCCACUGGGGACCCGCCGUCCGGUGCCGCUGAGCGCGGAGAGCGCCCCGGCUGCCCCACGGGGGGGCGAGGGCCGGCGCUGCGGGCGGGGUGGGGGCGCAGGGAGCGCUCGGAGCCCGGCCGAGGGUGGGAAGGGGCCGCCCUCGGGGCUGGAGGAGGGGUGGGGCCGCGCUGCCCGCCCCCAACGCGGAGUCGCCUCGCUGGGCCAGGGAGGCGGAGGUCUCAAGGUGCUGUCUAAUAAAAUCUGGAAGGACCCUUAUCCCCCCGGCUGUGCCCCUUUCCCUGUCCAGCUCAGCGCUGGGGCUGGGGGGGACGACAAGGAGGUCCGUCUCCGCGGGGGACCCCGUAGGAAGCGGCCCGGGGUGGGAGGAGGGUGUGCCCCCCGCAGCUCCCGAGCCUCCUCCCGGCUUUACGGUGGCGCCAGGGGUGCCACCUGCGCGGUGUCCCCAUCGUGUCACCCCCGAGGACGGGACCUCUGUCCCGCCCGCGCCCCGCUGUGGGAGCGAUGCUG